AUGACGGGCAAACGGGAGAUUGAAGAAUUCCUCACCCAUAUUGAGGAUGCAACGGAGGACAUGGCCCUGUACUAUUUGGAAAUGUGCAACGGAAACUGCAACGAUGCCCUACAGCUCUAUUACGAAAUAAAUGGAGGGCCCGCUACACACGGAGGAGAGACAGAGGAUCCAUCGAGGUCCCCAGAAGCCACACUGCCAGAUGGAGACGUCGGACAAGCAGCAAGUGACAACAGACAAGAUCGAGGGGAAGAAAAUUGCAGCACCCAGUGUGACGACAGCGUUAGAGAGCCGGAUAAACAUUUCAACCAAGCGUUAAUUCACGACAUGGAUUACUCCAAUUUUUUACCGAUUAAUGCAAAGAGCAAGAAUGAGAAAAAAAAAGAAAUGCAAUUAGGGGAAACAUUUGGGAAGCUUUUUUCAGCACCAAUCUCUCUCAUUUGCUCUCUGUCUUUGGAAGAGGUGCGUAAAAAGGCGAGAGCGGAAAACAAGUAUAUCCUUGUGAGCAUUCAGGAUUCCGAAUUUGACUCCUUGAAGUUGAAUAGGGACAUAUGGAAUAACGAAAUGGUGCAGGACAUAAUAAAGGACUUCUUCAUUUUUUGGCUGCGUCACGAGCACGAUCAGGACGCAAUGGUCUUCACCACAACCUACAAGGUCACGAAGCUGCCGCACAUCUGCGCCCUGUGCAAAAGAACCGGACGCAAGAUAAAAGUAUGGAACAUCAAAAAUUUCGAGGAUCCAAUAUGUGCCCAGUCGCAGUUAUACGAGUUUAUCGAGAUGAUGGUUUCUAAAAAUGAGCCCGAUGCAGGGACAGUGAGCAAAGGCGCUCAUCCGUCUGAACUUCGCAGUGAGAUAGUCCCAACGCAAGGAGAAAGUCACAACAAUACCUGCAGCGUCGUCCAUGCAAAUGGAUCUUUUAACACUUUAAGAGGGACAACACCACCUGCGGCAGGGAAAACCCAUGCGGUGGAUAGCACACAUAAAGGUUGUGGCAGCCCUGAAGGUUUCCUAAAAGUAACCGAAGAACCGACAGCUGAGGAACGGACAAAUGGGGAACCAACAACUGAGGGGAAAAAAAACCCAGUGGAGUAUAACAAAAUAAAUAAUGAGUUGUCCGAGCUACACAAAUUGAGAUUACAACGGUUUCGGAAGGGAUAG